AUGAAGCGUAUUAACCCGGUAUACUUAGCUGCUACGCCACCUAAGCACAACUUGCACGAGGUGCCUGUCACAUCUAGUGACGGAGAACCUCUUCCACCUCCACCAAAGUCCUCGGUGAACGCCUACGAGCUGGCUUUCGGAACCGUGUGCGGAAUCUGCGCGGGUGUCUUUGUCAAGAAGGGCGCAAAGGCGCUGGCCUUCGUCCUUGGAGGCGUGUUCGUACUGCUUCAGUAUUUCGGCUCUCUGAAUCUCGUCCGCGUGGACUGGGCUCGCAUGUCAGCGCGCUUCGAGAACUUGUUCUACACCACUGACGCGACUGGAGCCAAAAGAGCACCAAGCGUCGGCUCUCUUGUUCGCUGGAUCGUCAACUUUUUGACCGCGGACUUCCAGCAGAGGGCAUCUUUCAUUGCGGGUUUCGCACUUGGUAUUAGGGUCGGAUAG